CACUCAACGUGUGGAGCGGUCGCAGCGCGCGCCACCGGUACCGGGGUGGUCAUUUCCGUUUUCGAUUCCGACGUCAUCCAACUCCGAAAGCCCGUGUGUUUUGUGUUUCUUUGGGGCCACGAUGAUUAUCGCUAAUUUAACAUUGAAACUUUUGAAAUUGGAAUUAGGUUUCUUCAUGUCUUAAAAGAUUUCAAAAAUUUCAUACUAACUGAAGGGCAAACACAUUGUUGGUCUUAAGACACAAAGAUAAGCACCUUACAAAGAUAGUAAAGCUAUUGUGUACAUAAAGAAAAAUUGAAGUAAACUUAAUUGACAUUGACUCGUGACUGGAGCAUAAUUCAGGAAUACUUACAAACAUGGGCAUUCAAGACUUGCAAACUUUCCUGGACGGUAACUGCGUACAAGGGGGAUCUAUACCUGUAGAUUUGUUGAAGAUAGCGCGCAUGGUUGCUCAAAAAUCGCAACGUAAUCGCAUAAUUAAAGGACAGCAGAUACAUAAUUUUAAUAAAUUAAGACUAGUUCUGGAUGGAGAAUGCUGCUUGGAUCGAUUGUAUGGUGGAUUCUUCUCAGAUUGGGCUUGUGGUGGACAAUGGAAUCGCAUGCUCCAGUUUCUUGCUGUUCUUAUACAAGCAAUGGAAAUGUCAGGACUGGAGAUAGCUGUAUUCUUUAAUGGAUGUUUUGAACCUCUUCGGAAAGCAGAUUGGGUGCAACAGCAGUUGCAAGUACGCGCAAAAGUUAAUAAUGUCUUGAAACAUAUAACAACGAAAGGUACGCCACCACCGAAAAUCUGGUGGACUCCACCUGUAUGUUUAAGGACUAGUUUACGUAUGGCUCUCAGACAUCUGAAUGUCACAGUUUUGUGUAGCAUGGAUGACCAUCAUCAAGAAGUCAUUGCUUACUGUCGCGAGAACAAUUACAAUGGUCUGAUAGCUGAUGAUGCAGAAUAUGCGGCAUUUGAUCCUCCACGCUACUUCUCAUCUGAGCAAUUAAAACUUACAUACAAGGGUUCUCUUGAUACAAAAGAAUACAUGCUUUCUGAACUUACAAGAGCUCUCAACAUACCAUCCGACAGGCUCUGUAUAUUGGCAGCUUUACUUGGAAAUUACAUAUUGACUGAGAAUGAUUUGAUCGAUUUCUACAAACAUCAUAAUAUUAGCACCAAUGUGCUAAAUAAGACAAGCGUUGAACAAAUGAUUAAGAUAAUUGCAAGUUUUGUCAGAGAACUUCCAUCUGCAGAAUUGGAUGUGGUUUCGCAAAAGGUGUUUGGUUCCGUCUCCGAUCCCAGAUGUUCGAAAUUGAGACAAUCUGUUCAAUAUUACUUAAACGGAACAAAAGAAGGAUUUUUACAUUAUAAACCUGUGAAACCAACAAAAGUUCAUAAAUUAGAUUCUAAACCUAGUACACAGACUCAAUCGAGUUUAUCCGACACGCCAUCAGCAUCAGAAGGUGAUUCUAAUUUGGAAACAUCAAGAUUUGCCUCUGAAACUUUGGAGAGCGAACGUGAAAGUUUGAACGCGUAUAAACAGGCGACGGCUAACGCAAAGGCGGCGCCACAAAUUGUGAUCGAUCCACCUGGUAUUCAGGGUCAUGGAGAUUCCGAUACUAUACAUACAGAGGAAGAGCAAAGAAUUUUUGAAACAGGUGAUGGACAUGCUAUCAACGGUACUCACAAUCUUUUGAUAAGUUCGUCAAGUUCGAGUAGUAGUUCCUCGGCGACAUCGCCAUCCCAUGCAACGGUGGAUUCCGCGCGGCAACCGGAAAAAUCAACUAGUAUUCCUACCACAUCACCAGAAGUUAUGCGUACUGCCUCGGAACGUCAUCAGAAGGGACUUAUGUCGCCGUACAUAUAUCAAAUUCUCAUUGCUGGUGAAAUCAAAUUGCCAAUUCUUCUAGAAGACGAGAAUCAUCGUGAAUUUCCUUCUAUUCAUGUGAUUUAUAGACCAAUUCGACAAAUGGUGUAUGCGAUUUUGUUCAACCUCCAUCACCGGAUGUAUCUAGCUACGAAAAGUAAAGAAAAAGGUGAUAGUGAAAAAGUCGAAAUACCGGAUGUAAUAAUAAAAGAGUGGGUAUGGUCCAAGUCCAAUCCAUAUCAGACUCCUGAAUUAGUGAAGGCAGAGCAAAUAGGUUGGGGCGUGCCUACAAUUCAACGUUUGUGGUUUGGCACAGUCAUAGAUGAUAAGCGGCGAAGACUUAGAGGUUUCCUGACUUGUAUGAAAUCGGACACGCCUCUUAUGUUAAAUACCUCAUAUGUACCGCAACAUCUGUUGGUCAUGGCCUGUGUUUUAAGAUACAUUAUGUCUUUUUCUGACAAGAUAAAAAUCCUGCGCCGUCAGGAGUUAGAUGCUUUUAUCGCGCAAGCUUUUUCGCCAGAGCUUAUGAAUGCUCAGUAUUUGCAAGAUUUGCAGCUUCCAUUAGUUACAUCACGCGGUGUACAAUUGGCUACCUUGUUCAUGGCUGGUGUCGAGACCGCGUUAUUAGCGAACGAUGCUUGUGGCGCACCGAUUCCAUGGUUAAUGUGCUGCCCUUGGCUUUACUUUGACGGCAAAUUGUUCCAUCAUACGUUAGCUCGUGCUACUAUCGCCAAGAAUUUAUUAGAGUUAUGCAGUGGUCAUAUUGACCGUGUUGUAAAAGUCGAGAGGAUGAGAAAAGCUAUACUCGAGGGAAUUACCGUCGUGUUUGCGCGACCACCUUUGCCUGUCACACCAGGGAUUCGUGUAUCAGUUUCCUCUAAUAUUUUACCUGCUGGUUGUACUAUUAACGACGGGCUGAUGCGCGGUCGUGGCAGCGGCACAUUACCACAGCGAGGUUUAAUGCGUCGUCCAAUCCCUUCGCGUGGUGGUCAACUAGAAAUUGCUGGUGUCGUAGUGGGUCAAUGGGGCCCAAAUUAUGGACAGCCUGGUCGAUUGCCACAACCCCUGCAGGGGCACCCUCGUGGACGAAUUCCACCGCAGGUAACUUCUAUUGGUGGACUUAAAUAUGGUCUUCCUCGUGGAUUUAAUUCAAUAAAUCGACCGACAUUUCAAACACGCGGUGCUACCCGUGCUCCAAUUGCCGGACGUGGCAAGAAAACUCAAAUGAAGGUGUCCACCAAAAAGAAAACUCCCAUUAAAAAGACAAAGGAAACUGAAAAAAAAGACAACAAAGGUCGUGGUAUCACUGUCGACGGAAUUACCGAUUAUAACGAAAUUCAAACCGAUAACGCUCGCUCACUAUUGACAAAAGACGCACUGCCAGUACCAGGUCAGUUUGAUGAUGCAGUGGAAAAUGGUAAGGGAAUGGAAAAGGGGCAGGGCGAUGCACCGCUCGUCGCUCCGGUUGCUGCAGAAAAUUAGAUAUAAAAAGAAAAUUUCUCGAAAAAUGACUGCAACCACUCCCAAAUAAUGACUCAAGACUGCUAACAACAAUCUACUAAUAUAUUCUGAACAUUUGUGCACCAGUAACAUUUAAAUAUUGGAAAUAUCUUUGAAAUUGUUAUACAAAAAUUAUUGUUAAUCUAAUUAUCAAAACUUAAUAUUAAAUUAUUAAUUAUUAUUAUACAAUUAUUAUUAACUUAUUAGUAAAAGAUAUCUUAUUUUGACUUAAGAUAUCUAAAUUUUGACAGACGUAAUUUAUGAGGAAAA